AGGGUAUGUCAAACUCAAGCUGCCCGCAUCACAAGGCUCCAAACUCCUAUCUAACCUCCCUUUCCCCACAACAAUAUAUUCUCAACCUCUCAUUGUUCCCUCCGCCCGAAACCCUCAAACCCGACCCGACCCAACAACCCAACAUAUUAACUAAGCUAGCUAACUAGCUACUAAAACCAACCCUCGGUCAAUCUCUUCCUCUCAAAACUCGGAAAACUAGCAAAAAUGGCAGCCUCUCUCACCAUCUCCAGGCUCCUCGCAGCCCCCAAAUCCCUCUCUCUCUCCACCGCAGCACCCAAAUCUUCUCUCUUCUUACCCAAAUCCUUUUCUUCAAAGCUCUCCUACACCCCUCUCCCUCUCAAACACUACGCCCACCCAAAACCCCUCCUCCGCUUCUCCACCACCGCCAAACCCGCCAUCUCCGCCACCAUCGCCGUCGGCGACAAGCUCCCAGAAGCCACCCUCUCAUACCUCGACGCCGCCGGCGACGUCCAGACCGUCACUCUCUCCGAGCUCACCAAGUCCAAGAAGGCCGUCCUCUUCGCCGUCCCCGGCGCCUUCACCCCCACCUGCUCUCUGAAGCACGUCCCCGGGUUCGUGGAGAAGUCCGCCGAGCUCAAGGCCAAGGGGGUCGACACCAUUGCCUGCAUUGCGGUCAACGACGCCUUUGUGAUCAAGGCCUGGAAGGAGAGCCUCAAUAUCGGGGAUGAGGUGCUGCUGUUGUCUGAUGGAAAUGGGGAUUUCACCAGGGCCAUUGGGGCUGAGCUCGAUUUGAGCGAUAAGCCUGUGGGGCUGGGCGUGAGGUCCAGAAGGUACUCGCUUUUGGCUGAAGAUGGAGUUGUGAAGGUCUUGAAUUUGGAGGAAGGCGGUGCCUUCACUUCCAGUGGAGCUGAGGACAUUCUCAAAGUGCUGUGAUUUUGAGUUGUUAGGUCUGUAAGGUUUCUUUUUUGCUUUGCUCUCUCUUGGGUCUUGUUUCUGGGUUUAUGAGUAUAGGUAUGGAGGAGUUCUGGUUUUGUCUUAAUAAAAUGGAUGGGAUGAUGCAGUGCAGCCCAAGUAGGUUUUUUCUGAAUUUCUGGCUAUGGAAAAAUGUUGGGUUUUGUUUCUCAGAGAUGGGUUUUGUUUUUCAUGAAUUAUUUUAGUUUCACUA